UGCGCAUCGAAAGGCUUUCAUGAAUGUAAUAAGCGUUUGCUGACAGAGACGAGUAUCCAUGAUCAUUUAUCAAAAUUUAGAACACUUUGCUUUGAAAUGGCCUUUAAUUACUUUGUAACUGCCCACAAACCCACAGCUGUCAAUGCAUGUGUAACCGGGAAUUUCACAUCAAGUGAUGACUUAAACCUAAUUAUAGCCAAGAAUAGUCGCCUUGAGAUAUAUGUGGUAACCCCUGAAGGUUUACGGCCAGUGAAAGAAGUUGGUAUCUAUGGACGUAUUGCUGUAUUGGAGCUGUAUCGGCCACCUGGAGAGUUGAAAGAUCUUAUGUUUGUAUUAACAACCAAAUACAAUGCUAUGAUAUUGGAGUGCCAACAUGAUGGUGAAGCUAUUGAAAUAAUUACACGAGCCCAUGGUAAUGUUCAGGAUCGUAUUGGACGACCAUCAGAGACCGGCAUUAUUGGUAUAAUAGACCCACUAUGUCGAGUAAUUGGACUGAGAUUAUAUGAUGGUUUGUUUAAAGUUAUACCAUUAGAUAGAGAUAACAAGGAACUGAAAGCCUUCAAUGUGAGAUUAGAGGAGCUGACAGUGAUUGACAUACAGUUUCUACAUGACUGUACAACACCUACUGUAAUACUUGUACACCAGGACCAGCAUGGUCGACAUGUUAAAACAUACGAGAUAUCAUUACGUGACAAAGAUCUUAGUAAAGGGCCUUGGAAACAGGAUAAUGUUGAAACAGAAGCAUGUAUUCUUAUUGCAGUACCAUCACCAUUUGGAGGGGCACUAAUAGUUGGGCAGGAGUCUAUAACCUAUCACAAGGGAGAUCAGUUUAUACCCAUAGCACCUCCUGCUAUAAAGCAAAGUACAAUAACAUGCUGUGGUAAGGUAGAUGCAAAUGGACAAAGAUAUCUCCUGGGUGAUAUGAAUGGUAGAUUGUUCAUGUUACUGUUAGAGAAAGAGGAAAAAAUGGAUGGUUCAUCAACAAUCAAAGAUCUGAAAGUAGAACUCCUUGGUGAGACAAGUAUUGCAGAGUGUAUCACAUAUUUGGACAAUGGUGUUGUUUAUAUAGGAAGUAGACUAGGUGACUCUCAACUCAUAAAGUUAAACAUUACACCAGAUGAGCAAGGUUCCUAUGUACAGGUGAUGGAGACAUUUACAAACCUAGGUCCUAUAGUUGAUAUGUGUGUUGUUGAUCUGGAAAGACAAGGCCAAGGACAGUUGGUGACAUGUUCCGGGGCAUAUAAAGAAGGAUCUCUAAGAAUUAUAAGAAAUGGUAUAGGUAUUCAUGAACAUGCAAGCAUUGAUCUUGUUGGUAUUAAAGGUAUAUGGUCACUACAGGUAGAUUCAGAACGCUAUGAUAACAUGCUUGUACUAUCUUUUGUUGGACAAACAAGAGUUUUACAGUUAACUGGUGAAGAAGUAGAGGAAACAGAAGUUUCUGGCUUCAACUCUGAGCAACAAACUUUCCUGUGUGCUAAUGUGUUUGGUAACCAAAUAGUGCAGAUAACUCCACCAGCUGUUAGAUUAAUCAACACAGCAACGAAGAAGUUGGUGAGUGAAUGGUCGCACCCUGGGGGUAAGAAUAUCUCCCUGGGUAGUUGUAACCAUACACAGGUUGUUGUAGCCGCUGGUAGUGAACUGUUCCUCUUAGAAAUACAAGCUGGAGAAAUCAAACAAGUUAGUACAACAGUAGUAGAGCAUGAGAUAGCUUGUGUAGACAUUACACCACAAGUUGAGGGACAGAACAAAUCAGACAUUGUUGCUAUAGGAUUGUGGACAGAUAUCUCUGCCAGGAUAUUAAAGCUACCAUCAUUUGAGAGUCUUCAUGUAGAAAUGCUUGGGGGAGAGAUUAUUCCGAGGUCAAUAUUGAUGACAACAUUUGAAGGAAUACAUUAUUUACUGUGUGCACUAGGCGACGGGUCACUGUUUUACUUUCACCUCAACAUACAUACUUGUUAUCUAACGGACAAGAAGAAGGUAACCCUCGGCACACAGCCUACAGUACUGAGGACAUUUAAGUCUUUAUCAACUACCAAUGUAUUUGCCUGCUCGGACAGACCUACUGUGAUAUAUUCCAGCAACCAUAAACUUGUCUUCUCUAAUGUCAACCUAAAAGAGGUCAACCAUAUGUGCCCUUUAAACUCUGAGGGAUAUCCCGACAGUUUGGCAAUUGCAAAUGAUAACACUUUAACAAUUGGAACUAUAGAUGAAAUACAGAAAUUACACAUUAGAACUAUUCCCCUUGAGGAAUCUCCCAGGAGGAUAGCAUACCAGGAGUCCUCUCAGACAUUUGGUGUGAUCUCAAUGAGAAUGGAUGUACAGGACGGUUCAACCACCGCGCCAACACGAACCAGUGCCAGCACUCAUGCCUCCUCGACAUCAACUAGCAACAAUUCUAAGAUGGUUUCCACGGGAACCAGUAUGAUCGGAGAACAUUCGUUCGGAGAUGAGGUUGAAGUUCACUCGCUUCUAAUUAUAGAUCAACACACAUUUGAAGUGUUACACGCUCAUACGUUGCUGCAGAACGAGUUUGCUACUAGCCUGAUCUCAGCUAAACUAGGAGAUGAUCCUAAUACAUAUUAUAUUGUUGGUACAGCCAUGGUCAACCCUGAGGAGGCAGAACCUAAACAAGGGAGAAUUAUUGUCUUCCACUGUCAAGAUGGAAAGGUGACACAGAUAGCUGAGGAGGAGAUAACAGGGGCUGCCUAUACAUUGUGUGAGUUUAAUGGGAAAUUACUGGCCAGUGUUAACAGUACUGUACGACUGUUUGAAUGGCGUACAGCGGAGAAAGAGUUAAAGUUAGAAUGCUGUCAUUAUAAUAAUAUCAUAGCCUUGUAUCUGAAGACUAAAGGAGAUUUUAUACUGGUUGGAGACUUGAUGAGAUCUAUCACAUUGUUGUUAUAUAAAUCCAUGGAGGGUACUUUUGAAGAGAUUGCUAGAGAUUGCAAUCCAAAUUGGAUGACAGCUGUAGAAAUCCUUGAUGAUGAUAUAUUCCUGGGAGCUGAAAAUAGCUUUAAUUUGUUCACAUGUCAUAAAGACAGUGCUGCAACAACUGAUGAGGAAAGACAAAAUUUACAAGAAACAGGGUUGUUCCACCUUGGUGAAUUUGUAAAUGUGUUUAGACAUGGUUCGUUGGUCAUGCAGCAUUCAUUUGAGAGUAGUACACCAACACAGGGUUCUGUCUUGUUUGGUACAGUCAAUGGUGCAGUGGGUCUAGUUACACAGUUACCACCAGAUUUCUACCAUUUCUUACAAGAUGUACAAGGGAGGUUGGCUAAAGUUAUCAAAAGUGUCGGCAAAAUAGACCAUUCAUUCUGGCGUUCAUUUCACACCGAGCGUAAGACCGAAGUCUGUACAGGAUUUAUUGAUGGCGACCUUAUUGAAAGUUUCCUUGAUCUCUCCAGAGAAAAAAUGGCAGAAGUUGUACAAGGUUUACAGAUUGAUGAUGGUAGUGGAAUGAAGAGAGAUGCAAAUGUUGAUGAUCUUGUCAAAAUGGUGGAGGAAUUAACGAGGAUACAUUAGCUGUUGAUUUAUGACAAAUUGUUAAUUAUGUGGCUGUAUGAAUGCAGUAUACACAAAGAAGAAAAUUUAAUUUACCCCUUGAUUUUGGGCAAUGGAUAACAAAAAGCAAGCUUGACAAUUGUAUCAGAUGAAAAAAUACCAAUUAUCGUGAAAAACAUUCUAAUAACAGAAAAAUUCAUGCGGCUUGCUCAUGCCUGAAAUAAUACAUGAAAUUCUUCCCAUCAGUAAAGCUGGAAAGUCGCCAUAUGACCUAUACUGUGUUGGUGUGCCCUUAAACCCAGCCAAUAAAAAAAACAAAACAAGUUGAAAUAAAGCUUUUUCAUACCCAGUUUUAAAGUGCCAAAAUAGAUGAUAUUGUUUUAUGCAAAUCAGAACUCUGUAAUUAAAACAAACAAAAUGUUUGUGUUAUAUCUACCUAUAUGAUCAUUUGUGUGGCCAUAUGAGAAUGAUAUUUCAUACUUUAACAUUUAUCAUGCUAUGUCUGUGUGGUCAGAAUGUUUUCUUACAGAAAAUGAGUGUGUUUUUUCUUGUUAUAAUUCAAUGUCAAGUUUGCUUUUCAUCAUUUGCCUAAAAUUGGGGAGUCUUUUUCUCUCCCUUCUUUGUGUAUACACUCUAUUUUUGAAAAUUGUUUCUGGUCAUUUGAUUUAUUGGAUUUCAGUUAAUUGGAAGUUGUAAACAUUAUGAAUAUCAUCUGGCAAAUGUUGGUAUGAAUUAUCCUGAGGGUAAUAAAGUGCUAAAAGUUUGUAUUGCUAGUAUCAAAUCUUGAAAAUUACCAGACACAGAAUAUGUUCAGAUAUAUUAGUUGUUUUGAUCAUAUAAUUAUGCAGUAUGUUUAUAUAGCUCAAAUUAUUAUAGGGAAUUCUGCAUUUGUUAAUUUUAAUAAUUGUGUGUAAGUUGAAAAUAACAAAUUGUGGCCUUCCCCUUUCUUGUUAAAAGUUGUUAUAAUAUGCUUACUAACAUUGUAGUUGUCAUGGUGUUUAGACUGGAGGAAUGUUCCAUCAGAUAAAUUCUGUCAAUUACAUUAUAAAAUUAUUGUAAGUGCUAAGGAAUUUCCUGAAAGAAUUGCCUAUGAAAAAAUGUGUUCAUAUUUCAGAUAUGGCUCUGAUAUGGUCAUAUAAUUGUAUAAAUUUUCGAGAUUUAGAACAUAGUUUUAUUACUGAACUUACUAAAUUUAUGUUAUCGGCUUCUCCAGCUUUGAAUUUGGGACAGUCCAUUAAUACUGUCAGGGAUUUCAGUAUUGUUACUGUAGAAUUACGUAGGUGACAGUACUGGCACUAGCUUUUGUUUUAUAAGGGGCAUUAAAUUAAUACUACAAAAAAUUAACAUAUUAACUUGAUCAUAGACUUGUUGUGUGUUGCACACCAGAAACAGUAGUUUUGUAUAUAGUGAAGGUACUGUUGUCUGUAGAAUGACCUCUUGAGACUGUGACCAAUAUGUCCUUGACCUUUAUUUAGUGACCUUUGACCUGGCUGCUUGGGUUGCAGUAUGUAUCAAAGUGCCGAAAUUUGCCAUAAACCUCAAGCAAUUUUUGAUUGUGUUGGGAAUUACAAUGUAUUUAUUGUAAAUCUUGAACUAUAUAUAGUGAUUUUCAAACAUUGAAUAAGACUUUUUUUUUGCUACAUACUCAAAACAGUGUGAACAAGUGUUUUGUUUUUUUAAACAACAAAUAUUUUACAUAGUGCUAUCACAAUUUACCAUCCUGCUCUUGUUAUAAUGUGCUCCUUAAAACAAUUUUUCCUUGUGUUGUUAUUUGUAUUUUUUGAUGAAAUUGUAUUAUUAUAGUUGUUUGAUUUAACAUGCAUAUUUUUCUCAUGUCAUUGAUAUUAUAGUAAAUCAUUUAAAUAAUUUAAUGACUGUUCAUAUACAAAGGUGAACAAGUUUUGCACUAUUUUUCUAUGUUUACUACUUUGUAUUUUCAAGAGUUAAAGAGUUUCUUCUUUACAUAUAGAUACUUUUAAAGAAAUGGGAAAAGAUUUGUGUUUGUUUUUGAUUUUGUAAUUAAGGGACAAUUUUAAAGAUAGUCUUUCUUUACCUUGUUAUUAUGUUCCUUGUUCAUGUAGUUUAA